AUGAAAGAAUACUGUUCUUUAGCUGAAUUCGACGCUGGCGUUUACUGCUCACAAGCGAGCGAAAUGAUUGGGACGAUGUGGACGAUCGGAACAAUUUUCUCGUGCUCGGGACCGAUUUUCUUUGGAAGCUUGCAGUCGCUCAUUGGAAGUCAUUGGACAAGAGUGAUUGCAGGCUCCCUCACCUCCACAGGCCUUCUACUGAUGUCGUUCUACCAAUCAAGCGCUUAUUUGCUUCUUAUCGGGGUUACUUUCGUCGCCUUUCCCUCGAUUUCAUACAUCAUGCUCAACAGUUUCGUCGCUCCAGUUUACAAGUCCAUCACUACGCCGUUGAUCGUCAUGAUCCCAGGAUUAAUUAACUCGUCUGCAACGUCGAUGCUGGUGGCGAAAAAACUCCACGAAGUUGGAUUGCCUCUCAACUCCUAUUUUUUGAUACUUUUUAUCGCCUCGUCAGUGAUUCAUGUGAGAACCUAUUUUUUUAUCCCUUCUGUUCCGAUUCCAAAAACACAAGACGAUCUGGAUAAGCCCGCAGGUAUAAAAGAGCCGCCAUUCGACAUGAUGAAAACUUCAAUCGCGAUGCAGCUUUUUUGUAAAAGAAAGGAGAGCGAAAUCGAGGCGAUUGAGGGAGCAUCUACUGAAAAACGACCGCCCAUAAAGGAUCACUUGCCUCUUAUGAAAAACCUAGUGUUUCCGAUCUAUGGUGUUUACUAUACUAUCAUUACUUUUAGAAUAAAUACAAUCAAAGGUUGGAUGACUUCAUGGAUUCAACACGCAUAUAGAUCACUUGACUGUGCUGAUUUCAGUGACAGAUUUACGGAAAACGAAUGUCUUCAGGAAAUCGAAAAAUCAAUAACAUUCCUUAUCGACAUCAAUGGGUACACGUAUUUCUUCCUCGCCGUAAUUCCAUUUUUCCCUGCAUUUCUGAUCAAAUUUUUCGCCCGGCGAUAUCCAAGUGACUAUCAUUACGGAGAACUUCGAACCAAGCUUCAAGCGCUGCUGAUUCAAAUGUCUUUUGUCAUAAUUGUCACAAUUGCUUCCUCGAUAAUCAUGACUCAUCAGGCGACUGCACCAGACUCCUAUGGCUAG